AUAAAUCAUAAUAUUAUAAGAAUCGUAUAACAUGACAAUUAUGAUGGCCUCGACGGAUUCACGCCUCCAAAAACGGCGGGACGAAACGGUGUGCAUCAGUGGAACGCGACGCCGAAUACGGGGAAAUACGUUACGCCGCCGCCGCGGUUCGAAUGUCGUCGGUGACCCGCGCCGCCGGCCGCCGCCACUGUGUUGUUCGCCGUCCGGUACAAACGCAGGUACGCAGCGCUCUCAUCGGCGUUUGUUGGUAGUUCGCCGUUAUCCGUUUUGUUUGAAUAGUAAUAUUAUAAUAUACAUUAUCCAACUAUCCAGUCAAAAAUCGUGUAUUUUACUGUCGUCGUUGACUUGAGGCUGCUCGUGCGCAUUGUCCGCCGACGACAUUUUGACGAUGAUCACCGACACGGAAAUUCUUCCCGUUACUGAGAAAACGAUGAAUACCGUAGAUACAUCUGAUGCACUGGAUUUGACUAAAGAAAAUAUAAGACCACUAAGACAAGGUAGAAAACCAAUUCAAUUAGAAACUGCUUUACAAGCACAAUCUAAUUUGGAAAUUCAACAAAAGUUAAAUAAGGAGAAAGAAAAAUAUGAACAUGCUAUUCGUACAUAUGAAGGCGAUGAUCCUUUAGCUCCACAUUUUGAGUAUAUGAAGUGGUUGGAACAAAUAUAUUUAAAACAUGGACCAGAGAGUAAUUUGAUGCCUCUUAUUGAAGAAACUGUACAGAAAUUCAAAAAUGAUGCAAAAUACAAACAAGAUCCAAGAUUUAUCACAAUUUUAAUUAAUUUUAUUGAAAACCAAUCAAAUGCUAUUGAGUUGUAUCAAACUGUUUAUAAUCAAGGUAUUGGUACAAUGUGUGCUUUAUUUUAUCGCGCAUGGGCUGAGUUAUUAGAUAGAUAUAAUGAUUUUAAACGUGUGGAUCAAAUAUUUUUGUUGGGAAUUAAAGCUAAGGCUGAACCAGUUGAAGAACUUGAACAAGCUCAUCUCCAAUUCCAAUUAAGCGUAGCUAGGCGAAUGCUUAAUGGACAAAUUUCAAAUGAUGACGAUAAGAACCAAGAACCUGAAAAAAGACACGCAUUUAAUGUCUUAAAAAAAUCUGAAACGCACAGUGGUGUCAGACAUGGUUUUGGCGGAGUUAUUGGAAAAGUACCACAAAUGAAUAAUGCAAAUGGAAAAAAUACUGUUCUUAAAAUUUUUGAGGAUAAAGAUGAAAAUGGAUUGCUUGGAAUCGCAACUAAUAAUUGUGAUCUUGCUCAAAAAGGCUUAAAUAAAGAAAAUACAGUUAAACCUGGACCCUGGACCAAACCUAAAAAAACUCGAUCAAAAGUUCCUAAACCUGUACCAACUAUUGAUUUUGAAGUACACCAGGAUAAUAAUUUAGAAUGUGUGACAAAAUUACCGGGUAUUACAGUUCCAAAUGCUUUACGUAGUAUAAAAGGAAAUACUAAUCUCUCCUGUCCAGUUGCUGUGUUUGAACCUCCAGAUCCUACUAAAAGACCUAUGUAUUGUAAAGACAAAGUGUAUGCGGCCGGUCGAGACGUACAACUUGAAGAAAUUAGAUACGAGAUCUACUUAAAACAAGAAAAAGAAAAUCAAUUAUCAAAAGAAAAACAACAUCCAUUUGGUGGUUCAACAAAAUGUCAAACAAAGGAGAAAAUAGAAAAACCUUUAAAAAAAGUUAUUUUGCCAGAAGAUAACAAAGAAUUUAAGGUUCCACUUCCACAGCGUAACAAUGAGCCUGAUUCUUUGAGUCAAUCUGUCACUGUCAAUACAAGAGUUGCAAUUGAUUUAGUUCAACAAAUGUGGAAUAGUCCAUGUGCAGAUAAAGAUGAAGAGUCUGAUUUAAUUUCAAGAGAUAGAAAACCAAUCUCAUCGUUUGAUGCAUUUGAAGAAGUUGAUAAUAUCAAGUCUUGUCCUUCAGAUUUUUUGGUUUAUGAAGAUAACAAAACACCAAUUGACAACAAAGUUUUUAAAAUACAACAAAAAGAAGUGGUCAAAAAUCAAGAAGAUUUCUAUGUUUAUACAGAUGAUAAUGUUCAAGAAAAAGUUUUUAAAGAACCUACUGUAUUUGUUGAUUACAAUGAUGAAAAUCAAGUUUACAUUGAUAAAAAUGAUAAAAACAAUGGAAAAGGUUUUAAAAUACCAGAUGUGUAUGUUGAUAAUGAUGAAAAUGCAUCCAGCAAAAAAAGUUCUAAAAUGAAUCAAUUUAUGGGUCAAAAAGGAACUAGUAGUAUUAAAAAGAGUUCAAAAAUAGAGAUGAAGAAUGAUAAAAUACAGCAGAAAGUUGUCAAAAAUCUAGGUGAUUUCUAUGUUUAUACAGAUGAUGAUCAAGGAACUCAAAAAGAACCAGUAUUUGUUGAUCAUAAUGAUAAAAAUUGUGUAGAAAAGAAUGAAAUUCAAGUAUACAUUGAUAAAAACGAUGAAAAUAAUGGAAACGGGUUAAAAAUACCAGAUGUAUAUGUUGAUAAUGAUGAAAAUGAUGGUAAUGGUUUUAAAAUACCAGACGUAUAUGUUGAUAAUGAUGAAAAAAAUGGAAAAGGUUUUAAAAUACCAGAUGUAUAUGUUGAUAAUGAUGAAAAUGUGUUCAGCAAAAAAAGUUCUAAAGUGAAUCAAUUUAUGGGCCAAAAAGGAAGUAGUAGUAUCAAAAAUGGUUCAAAAUUAGAAUUAAAAUAUGAUAAAAACAGUAAGCAACCAAUUAAAAUCCCAAAAUAUCAAGUCUAUGAAGAUGAAAGUUAUGAAACCAAUAAUACUGGAAAACAAGUUGACAAAACUAAAGAAAAUUCUAUUAAUCCAAGUAAUGAAGGGAAGUCUCCUAUCAAAAAAAUUCCAAAUAUUGAAGUAAAUGAUGACGACAUCACUUGCUCAACAAAAGCAUUUGCAUUUCUUUUGUCUAGUUCAACACCAUUGGCCCCAGGUAGAACCAAAACCAAUUCUGUCAUAGAAAAUCAACAACAACCACAAACUAAAAUUGAAUCAAAUAAAAACAAAGAAACUGAAGAAUUUCAAUUGGGAAAAAAUUUAAGUAUGAUACUAGAAGCGUCUAAAGAACGUAAUAGCAGUACUUCAUCUGGAAUUAUUUCUUCAUCAGUUACAAAAGCAGAACAACAAUCUUCAAUUGAUUUUGGUGAUUCAAUUAAUCCUUUUGACGAUGAAUUAAUAACUAAAUUAUUACAAAGAGUAAUUAAAUUUCCUAAUGAACAUCACAAAUCUGGUUAUAUAGAGCAAGAAUCAGAUUUACCAAUUAUGCGAUCCGAAUUCAAAUUGGGUCCCAAUAAAAUGACACUCAUCAAUGAAAUUGGUAAAGGAUCAUAUGCGCGUGUUAUGAAAGUUAGACCAGAUGGUGAAAAUGCUGUAGAAAGAGCACUUAAAAUUCAAAAACCGGCAUGUGCUUGGGAAUGGUAUAUAAGUAAAGAAAUUAAGCAUCGCCUUAAAGAUUCUGAGAAAGUAUUAUCUUAUUUCAUUAACAUGGACCAGAUGUUUGUUUUCAAAAAUGGAUCAAUUAUUUCUAUGGAAUUUGCUACUCAUGGAACACUAUUAAGUGUAGUUUUAGCAUAUAAAGUAGCGAUGAACCGCUCUAUUCCUAUCACUGUUGGUGCAUUGCUCAUUUUACAAGUGACAUCAGCACUCAAAUACCUUCAUCAAUGUCAAAUCAUUCAUGGAGAUUUAAAACCAGAUAAUGUUAUUAUUAAAACAUUACCUAAUGAAUGUGAUCAGCCUUGUGUGCAGUUAAUUGAUUUUGGUCGUAGUAUUGAUAUGACUUUAUUCCCUCCUGAUACUAUUUUUACACAUACAGUGAAAACUGCUGAUUUUAUUUGUCAUGAAAUGAGAGAAAAAUUGCCAUGGACUUACCAGACUGAUUAUUUUGGAUUGGCUGGUAUUAUUUACAUGGUUCUCAUGUCAGACUACAUGAAAACUCAAAAAAUACGUAAAUUAUGGGUGCCAUUAAAACCAUUUCCAAGAUACAUAGACAAAGAACUUUGGGGCACUAUGCUGAGCAUGUUGUUGAACAUAGAAUCAUGCAAAAAGCUUCCUAGCUUGGAUGAAAUUAUAAGGAAAUUGAACAAAUAUUUGUCAAUGCAACAAAAAGUGGUAUUGAGACAUAAUUUCACUAGUUUAAAAAAUGCUUUAAAAAAAAAUUAAUGUUUUUAUGUUUUACAUUUAUUCUAAUGAUUUUUUUUAUAUAUAUUUGGUUUACUUACUGUAGUUUUUUUUAAGAACAUUUUAAUUUAUACUAUUUUUUGUGUGGUAUGAUUUUUAUAUUCGCUUGAGUAUUCUUUUCAUUAUACUAUUUUUUAUUAAUUUAUUAUCAUAAUAGAAAAAUCUUAAAUACUAAGUACUCGUAUUGGCAAGAUACAAUGAAUAAAAGAUGUGAUAACAGAUAAGAACAUUUAUAUUACAAUGAAAAAAACAGGAUAAAAGGAUUCUCUUUUCACUGAGUUCACAUUAACAGUUAAUACAAAAUAAUUGUGACAAAAUUGGUACAUUAUUUAUAGAAGAUCUUAUAAAUAAGGUGAUAGAGGAGUAUGUAAAAAGGACUUUAAAACUAUCAAAAGAUAUGUGUAAGGAAGUUGAUUUUACAUGGAAUAUUUGACUAAGAGGAAAAAUAAAUAGGACCUGUAGCACUACCGUCAUGGUGUGUUUGUACAAUAGAAGUAUUAUUUAAAUAAAAUAUUGGUUAUUUAUUUGUAA